AUGUUGUCACGACCAGCCUAUCGAAUCCGGGCAGCAUAUGGACCUGGAGUAGGACAAAGAAGCUUCCGACCUACACUAGCACCUGCGUCGAAAAAAUCACGUUUUGCUCUUAUUGCUGGGAUUAUUUGUUGCAUUGUUAUUAUCAUAAUUGUCAUUGGACUGGGUCUUGGUCUUGGUCUCGGUCUUGGUCUUCGGAAUAAAGGAGUAAGUAUUAAAACAGAAAUAUAUCAGCUUCUUUCAUCAUUUCCAUAA